AUGGGCCGCCUACUUCACUACGCAUUCGAGCUUGUCCUUGUCAGCACCGCAUUCUCAGGAGCACGGAGAGUCGCCGGUGUCGACCUCGACCGAAAGAAGCUUAUCGAGAACGAAACUGCCAGCACAGUACUGAACCAGUACCUCAAAGUCGGAGACGCUGUCAUCGACUACUCAGCUGCCUACUUGAAGAAGAAUGAGUACUUUGUGCCGAAGCGAUAA